AUGAAAGGCACCAAGAGUCAGGUGUCGUGCUCAGUAAUCAAGAGGGUGCCCACGGGCCUGACUGCUGGUUCUCAUCAUGGCCUCUGUCCCUGGCCUUCCGGGUGCCCUUUGCUUUGCCCACUCAGCCACGCCCCCUCCUCCUCCCUCUGUGCCAGCCUCCUGUCGCACGCGCGCUGCUCUGGGGGCGGGGCUGUCCCCGCAAGCCCUUGGACUGGCCUGCUCGCUGAGGACGAGAUCCAGGCCCCGCCCGGUGGCGCCUUGGAGCUGGCAGCCCCCAGAGCUCUAUUGGUAAGGCCGCUGUGA